AUGCUGAGAAGUGUCUUCACAAGCAUAUUAAUGUCAAAACCUAAAGUUAUCGUUAUUGCUGGUACCACGGGUGUAGGAAAAUCUCAACUUUCGAUUCAGCUAGCGAAGCAUGUAAAUGGUGAAAUCAUCAAUUCUGAUUCAAUGCAGGUCUACAAGAAUAUCCCAAUAAUUACCAAUAAACACCCAUUAGAAGAGCGUGAAGGGAUUCCACAUCAUGUAAUGAACCAUGUAAAUUGGACCGAGGAAUACUAUUUGCAUAGAUUUGAAAAAGAAUGUCUUGCUUCAAUAAACGAGAUACACCAGAAGGGGAAAAUACCUAUCAUCGUUGGAGGGACACACUACUAUUUACAAAUGCUUUUUGAUAAGAGAAUUGCAAACAAAAAUCGCGAACCAACAGAAGAAGAGAAUAAAAUAUUAAAUAGCGAUGAUCCAGAUCUUAUAUACGACACCUUGGCGAAGCAUGAUCCCACAAUAGCAGGAAAAUUUCAUCCCAACGACACGAGGAGAGUACGGCGUAUGUUAGAAAUAAUCUACACGACCGGUGAAAAUCCAAGUAAAGCAUACGCCGAGCAGAAGCCUGCCCUCAAAUUUGACACCCUUUUUUUUUGGAUAUAUAGCUCGCCUGAGCAAUUGGAUAGAAGGUUGGAUGAUAGAGUAGAUAAUAUGCUGAAGUCUGGUGGUAUGGAAGAAAUACAGCAACUCUAUCAUUAUUACAGAACCCAUAAUUUUACUUCUGAACAGUGCGAAAACGGUGUUUGGCAGGUGAUUGGGUUCAAGGAAUUCUUACCAUGGCUGGAAAGUGACGCCAAUUCUUCGUUAGAACAAUCGGUUGAACGUAUGAAAGUGAGAACACGCCAAUAUGCCAAGAAACAGGUCAAAUGGAUAAAGAAAAUGCUUAUUCCCGAUAUCAAUGGGAAUAUUUAUUUACUGAAUGCCACUGAUCUCACUCAAUGGACUGAAAACGUUUUCACAAGAGCCAUCUCUAUUGUUGAUGCAUUUAUAAAAGAUGAACCUAUUGAAGAAAUCCAUGCAGAACCCGAAUUAAGCAGUCUACUGAUAUUCAAUCCACAUUCUCAAAACCUGAAAGAUAGUGAAAGUUGGAAGCACUUUACGUGCAGUAUUUGUCGUGAUCAGAAUGACAAAUGCCUGAUCGCUAUCGGAGAGAGCAAUUGGCAAAUUCAUUUGAAAAGUAGACGUCACAAAUCAAAUAUUGGUCGUUUGAGGAAGAAGGAAAAUUUUGACAAAUGGCAGAAGAAAAGAAACGGAAACAUGAACGAGGGUAUAACUCAUUAA